ACCAGAGUCAGAUCGAGCCAUACCCACCACGAAAGAGACUUAAGAUGCAUAAACUUUGGUUCUGGUUCUGGUGGGUUCUUGGGGAUGGUGGUCUGGAGUUGAAGAUGAGGAACAAAAGGAAAGAGGUGAAGGGAUAGGUAGCUUAUCUUGAAGGCUUUGACUCAAACCACCAGGGUCACUGUGAGUAUAGCUGCCAACAGCAACAAGAACCAGAACACCAUGCCCACCUUAAACCUCUUCACAAACAUACCUGUGGACGCUGUGGUUGCUUCCGACAUUCUCAGGGAUGCCACCAAAGCCGUUGCAAAGAUCAUCGGAAAACCCGAAUCUUAUGUGAUGAUUUUGUUGAAUGGGGGAGUGCCUAUUGCAUUUGGUGGCACUGAAGAACCAGCUGCUUAUGGAGAACUCAUCUCAAUUGGGGGUCUUGGUCCAAGUGUUAAUGGAAAAUUGAGUUCUACAAUUGCGGAAAUUCUUCAGACUAAGCUAUAUAUUGAUGGCUCCCGUUUCUAUAUCAAGUUUUAUGAUGUUCAGCGCUCAUUCUUUGGGUUCAAUGGCUCAACGUUUUAAUCAGACUUUCUUUCUGGUCAUGGAAUUGGGGAGUUUCAGAUGGAAAAGAGUCUGUCUAGUGUCUAGUUCAUCUUUCUGUGGAUUAUCACAAAUUUGUAUGCAUGAUUGUAAUGAUCGAGUACAGCUUAUAUAUGAAAAUGGGAAAUUGCGUCC